UUGGGUACCGAGAAAACCACUGAAAGGGUUUUACAGAGGUUUUACUGGCCUGGGGUACAAAAAGACAUUGAAAACUAUUGCAAAUCUUGUCCGGUUUUUCAAAUGUCUGCACCCCUACCUCAUUUUCGGAGCCCCUUAGUACCCUUGCCAAUAAUCAAAGUGCCUUUUGAGAGAAUUGCUAUGGACCUUGUGGGCCCACUUCCGAAGCCUGCCCAAGGGCAUCAGUAUAUCCUGGUCAUUAUGGAUUACGCUACCCGUUACCCUGAAGCAAUUCCCCUAUGCCAGACAUCAGCCAAGAAUAUAGCUAAAGAAUUGCUACAGGUGUUUAGCCGGGUCGGGGUCCCUAAGGACCUUCUGACGGACCAAGCCACCCCAUUUAUGUCACAAGUGACAAAAGAAUUGUGUAAGUUGUUUAAGGUGAUGCAUUUGCGAACCUCUGUAUAUCAUCCUCAGACUGACGGCUUAGUAGAGCGAUUUAAUAAAACCCUAAAGAGCACGCUGAAAAAGGUUGUUGACAAGGAUGGGAAAAACUGGGACUAUUUGCUUCCAUAACUGAUGUUUGCCAUCAGAGAAGUUCCUCAGUCCUCUACAGGGUACUCUCCUUUUGAGUUGCUCUACGGGAGACAUCCUCGGGGACCUCUGGACAUAGCCAGAGAGACCUGGGAGGGGGAGAAGACACACCACAUAAGCAUUAUUGAGCAUAUUUCACAGAUGCAGGACAGGAUUGCAGUGAUAAUGGCAAUUGUAAAAGAGUAUUUAGCUGGAUCGCAGGCAGCUCAGCAGAGAAUAUAUAACAGGAAUGCUCGAGUCCGCAUUUUCUCACCUGGUGACAGGGUGCUGGUAUUAGUCCCCAUGGUUGAGAGCAAGUUCCUUGCUAAGCGGCAGGGUCCCUUUGAAGUGAUAGAGAGAGUGGGGGAAGUUCCUGAAGUAAAAAUUGCUGAGUCGCUGUCUAAAUCACAAAAGCAGGAAGUCAGAGAGUUCUUAAUAAAAAACCGAGAGAAGUUUUCAGGGUUGUCUGGUCAGAUGUCAGUAACACAGCAUGACAUUGUUACUGAACCAGGGGCACGGGUUAAACUUAAACCUUACCGUAUUUCUGAGGCAAGGAGGAAAGAUGUCAGUGGUGAGGUGAAGAAAAUGCUUGAGCUAGACAUCAUUGAAGAGUCCAGUAGUGACUGGUCCAGUCCCAUUGUCCUAGUCCCAAAGCCAGAUGGGAGUUGGAGGUUCUGUAAUGAUUUUAGGAAGCUCAAUUCAGUUACCAAGUUUGACAUUUAUCCUAUGCCCCGGGUAGACGAACUUAUAGACCGACUGGGCACAGCUCAUUAUCUGACAACUUUGGACUUGACCAAAGGAUAUCGCCAGAUUCCACUGACAGAAGGCGCCAAAGAGAAGACCGCCUUUGUAACCCCAGAGGGUUCGUUUCAAUAUAAAAGGAUGCCUUUUGGGUUACAAAACGCACCUGCCUCAUUUCAGAGAGCUAUGGACAAACUUUUGAGACCCCACCAACAGUAUGCUGCAGCAUACUUAGAUGACAUAGUAGUACAUAGCACUGACUGGGAAUCUCAUUUGCCUCGAGUCCAAGCUGUCUUGGAUACUCUCCAUAGAGCAGGUUUCACUGCUAAUCCAAAAAAAUGUGCCCUAGGGUUAGAGGAAGCCAAAUACUUAGGUUACACGAUUGGGCGGGGAGUCAUAAAACCUCAGCUAAACAAAGUUGAAGCCAUUCAGGAGUGGCCACGUCCCACCAGCAAAAAACAAGUCAGAGCUUUCCUGGGGAUAACGGGAUACUACAGGAGGUUUAUCCCAAACUUUGCAACUCUUGCAGCCCCAUUGACUGACCUGACCAAAGGGAAGAAUUCGGUGAUGGUCAAAUGGUCCCCAGAAGCAGAGGAAUCUUUCCAGGUCCUGAAGAGGGCUCUUUGUGCAUUGCCGAUCCUCUACUCCCCUGAUUUUUCCAAGGACUUUGUAGUCCAAACUGAUGCAUCUGAUGUUGGUCUAGGGGCAGUUUUGUCACAGGUACAUAAUGGUGAGGAACACCCUGUAGUGUACUUAAGCAGAAAACUAAACGAUCACGAACAGAAAUAUGCAGUGAUUGAGAAGGAGGGUUUGGCUAUCAAAUGGGCAUUGGACGCAUUAAGAUAUUAUUUAUUAGGGCGCCAGUUUGACCUGGUGACUGACCAUGCUCCCCUCAAAUGGAUGGCGCUGAAAAAGGAGACAAAUAGACGGGUGAACCGUUGGUUUCUGGCCUUGCAGGACUACAGCUUCACUGUGAAGCAUCGACCGGGUAUAAAAAUGGCCAAUGUGGAAGCCCUGUCCAGAGUCUACGCUUGUGUAGCUGUCAGUGUUGCAACCAGGGGGUUGAAACAAGGGGGGAGGCAAGCAGCGAGUGAAAACUCAGUUGUCUUCAAGCGCCUCCAGCAGAAUUUUCAACAUUCAACCCUUGCGGAAGUAUGUGCUCAAUCUUCCAGGUUGAAUGACGACCACUAUCAGUCCAUUUGGAAGAUUGCAGACAUACUAUGUAGGAAAGUGAAAAGCCAUGACUGGAAUUUUUCUUUGGGUACCUCAGACAAAAAAAGUGUCCACUGUGACAUUCAGCAUGCUCCUAUGGAUAACUAUGUGAAAGCAUUGGAAGUCCAGGAGCUAAUCAUUUCAGGUCCUGGGCUUAGUGCUGGAUGGCGGCUGUCGCAGAGAGCUAGUGGUUCCAGUCUUUACACCCACCAGGACCAACGGGAGCAGUUUUAA